AUGCAGGGCUAUACCUCCCAGCAGUUUUUACCUCAGCUACGGUCUCUUGAUAAAGCGCAGCCAUUGCAGCUACAGCCGCCACCGCAGCCUCAUCCGCAGCAGCCACCGCAGCCUCCGCCGCGGCAGACGCCGCAGCCUCCGCAGCAGCAGCCGCCGCAGCCGCAGCAGCCAGUGCAGCCUCCACAGCAGAGGCCAUCACAGCCUCCGCAGCAGCAACCGCCGCAGCCACUAGCCCGCCAGAGAGGGACCUCGCUUAUCCAGCGUCUGCGCCAGCAGCUCCUGCGCCGCCGCCAACUACAAGCGACGGCCCCCAGAAUCCGGCCGCCUCCGCCAGGGUCGCCGACACUGCCGACGCCUCCCCCGACGCCGCCGGCCGCUCCGCAAAGACCGCAAUCGACGGCGGCGCGAAAGGUGACCCUCCAGCUUGCCACCUGGAAGCUAGAGCGGCUAGACAUCCCGACACCUGCUAGGACCAGGCCACCGAGGUAUUGCCUACACUCGUGGGACCUGCGGGUACGCCGGUACACCUCGCCGAGGUACCAACAGGCGCCUCCACCAGCGAGGCAACAAGAGCUGUCCUCUGGUUCAGAGUGGGAGGCCCCCAACCCGGAAACGACGAACCGUAAAUCCGAGGACAUCAACGGUAACUACUGGGGCCCGGAAAAGAAGACUCUGACGCAGCCCUCGCUCAUCUACCGAGAACGAGUCACCGAGAAGCGUCGAACCACCCAGUGGACAAGCACGCAGCCGCCGCUCACAUACAAAGAGCGCAGUCCCUCUAAGUGA